UACCAGAGAAGGUCUUGGUGGGCACCAAGGUGAGCCAGCAACAUGUCCUCAUGGCAGGGAUGGCCGCCAGCCUCCUGGGCGAGGAGGAGGUGAUCCCCUGGAGCGCUGGGCUCCCAGUACAAGAGCCUGGAAUAGUGUCUCCUUUCAAACGAGUCUUCCUGAAGGGUGAAAAAGGUCGGGAUAAAAAAGCCCAGGAGAAGGUUACGGAGAGACGGCCUCUGCAUACAGUGGUGGUGUCCCUGCCUGACCGCGUCGAACCCGACGUGCUGCUGAACGACUACAUCGAGAAAGAAGUGAAGUAUUUAGGUCAACUCACAUCCAUCCCAGGGUACCUGAAUCCCUCCAGCCGCACGGAAAUCCUGCAUUUGAUCGAUAAUGCAAAGAGAGCACACCAGCUCCCAGGGCAGCUGACCCAAGAACACGAUGCUGUCAUCAGUCUCUCUGCCUACAACAUCAAGUUGGUGUGGAGGGAUGGAGAAGAUCUCAUCCUCAGGGUCCCCAUCCAUGACAUCGCGUCCGUUUCCUACAUCCGAGAUGACUCCUCUCACUUGGUCGUGCUGAAAACAGCUCAGGACCCCGGGAUCUCCCCAAGCCAAAGUCUCUGUGCCGAGAGCUCCAAAGCCCUGACUUCAGGCUCGCUGUCUGAGAGCGGGGUGGUUCCCGUCGAAGCUUGUUGCUUGGUGAUCCUGGCUACGGAGAACAAAGUGACUGCCGAGGAGCUGUGCUCACUUCUCAGCCAAGUCUUCCAGAUUGUUUACACUGAGUCCACGAUAGACUUCUUGGACAGAGCAAUAUUUGAUGGGGCGUCCACGCCGACGCGGCACAUGUCCUUACACAGCGAUGACUCUUCUACAAAAGUGGAUGUUAAGGAAUCUUACGAAACGGAAGCAAGCACUUUUUCCUUUCCAGAAACCUUGGAGGCAGGUGACAACUCCCCCUCUUCCUUCUCCACACAACAGUCUCCACACAUUAAGACCGUCAGCGAGAGCGAGCUGAGCACCACGGCGACGGAGCUGCUCCAGGACUAUAUGAUGACGCUCCGAACAAAACUCUCUUCCCAAGAGAUCCAGCAGUUCGCAAUGCUCCUGCACGAGUAUCGCAACGGGGCUUCGAUCCACGAAUUCUGCAUCAACUUGAAGCAGCUCUACGGGGACAGCAGAAAGUUCCUGCUCUUAG